AUGGCUGCGCCCGCGCCUGCCCCCUCGACUCUGGAACUCGAUCCCAAGUACGACAACUACGAUUUCCCGACCACACCGCCCAAACCGCAAAAUGGGCAUCCCGGCUAUCUGACCGCUCAACAGCAGGCCCAGGUGCACCAACUGAGGUUGCUGCUCGAGUCCGAGGGUUACACCGAACGCCUGGACACUCUUACCUUGUUGCGAUUCCUGCGCGCCCGCAAGUUCGAUGUUGAGCUUACUAAGAAGAUGUUUGUCGAGUGCGAGAAGUGGCGGAAAGAGACCAAGCUGGACGAGGAACUGCCGAACUGGGACUACCCUGAGAAGAAGGAGGUCUUCAAGUACUACCCGCAGUACUACCACAAGACCGACAAGGAUGGUCGCCCCGUCUAUAUCGAGCAGCUCGGCAGUAUCGACCUGACCGCCAUGUACAAGAUCACAACGGAAAGCCGCAUGCUCACGAACCUGGCAGUCGAAUACGAGCGCGUGUCGGACCCGCGGUUGCCGGCGUGCAGCCGCAAGGCUGGGGUCCUGCUUGAGACGUGCUGCACCAUCAUGGACUUCAAGGGCGUGGGCCUGAGCAAGGCGUCGCAGGUGUUCAACUACGUCAAGCAGGCCAGUGGCCUCAGCCAGAACUACUACCCGGAGCGCCUCGGUCACUUGUACCUGAUCAACACACCCUGGGGCUUCAGCACCGUCUGGAGCGUUGUCAAGGGCUGGCUGGACCCUGUCACGGUGGAGAAGAUCCACGUACUUGGUAGCGGCUACAAGUCGGAACUGCUCAAGCAGAUCCCCGCCGAGAACUUGCCCCAGCAGUUCGGUGGUACCUGCCAGUGCGAGGGCGGCUGCGAGCUCAGCGACAUGGGCCCGUGGCGCGAGGCCGAGUGGGCCAAGCCUGCGAAGUGGGAGAAGAAGGCCGAGAAGGCUGACACCACGGCCCAGACAGCGCCCCCAGCGGUCGCGGAAGGUACCCAGCUCCCUAUUGCGGAGACCGCUGAUGCGGACAAGGCUGGUGCUGCUGCCCCGGCUGCCGCAUAG